AUGGUUUGCAAGGAAGAUUUAUUGAUCGAACAAGUCUGCGAGCUAUACGAACAAAUCUCAAGCUUAGACACACUCAAACCUUGCAAAAAUGUUGACACACUUUUCACCAAACUUGUUCUCACAUGCAUGCCACCAAGUCCAAUAGAUGUCACCAAACUAAGCACAAAAGUUCAAGAAAUCAGAUCCAAACUCAUUAGGCUAUGUGGUGAAGCUGAAGGCCAUUUAGAAAGCCACUACUCAACCAUCAUAGCUUCAUACAAUAAUCCACUGAAUCAUCUCAACAUCUUCCCUUAUUAUUCAAACUACCUCAAACUCAGUCUCCUUGAAUUCAAUAUCCUAACCAACCACUCCACUAAUAUCCCUAAAAAAAUUGCCUUUAUUGGGUCAGGUCCACUUCCACUUACUUCACUUGUCCUAGCCUCAAACCACUUGCAAAACACAAUCUUUCAUAACUAUGAUAUUGACCCUUUAGCCAAUUCCAAAGCUUCUUGCUUAGUUUCCUCUGAUCCUGAAUUAUCAAAGCGUAUGGUUUUUUUCACCAAUGAUAUUUUAGAUGUUUCUAAUGCUUUGAAAGAAUAUGAAGUUGUUUAUUUAGCAGCACUUGUUGGAAUGAACGUUGAGGAAAAGAAUCGAAUCAUUGACCAUCUUGCUAAGAACAUGGCACCAGGAGCAGUCCUCAUGCUGAGGAGUGCUCAUGGUGCUCGUGCUUUUCUCUAUCCGGUUGUUGAUACCAGUAAUCUUCCGGGUUUUGAGGUCCUCUCUGUGUUUCAUCCAAUGGAUGAAGUUAUCAAUUCAGUUGUCAUAGCAAGGAAGUAUCCCAUGGUUUUGUUGCCAAACAAGCACUGUUGUUCUGAUGAGGUUCAAGCUUUCAAACCACUGAUCAACCAUGGGAUUGAGGAAUUGGUCGUUGAAGAUAAUUAA